UGUUGCCAUGGGGGGUGGGCGUAGGGACUCGGCAAUUGCUAGUGCGGUACGCGCCCCUCUUUAUUUAUGAUUCGUUUUAGGGACGAAUUACGAAGUUGAAAGGGGGGAGUUGCAAGGGUUGGGAGGGGUUAGAUGAUAUCCCGUGUCAGGAGUGACUGCUGCGACUCCAGUCGCUUAACGGAAGAGCGGGGGUGAAAAGAGUGGAAGGAGUGAGGAGUAAAAGGCCUGGGACCAGGGCGAAGGACUGGCCACUCGACUGAGAUCUGUCAAGGGUGGAUAACAGCAGCAAACUCCCGUGUAAUCCAUUCUGAACCUGCAGGGAGGUGUACAGUGCGUCACCUGAAGUUCGGGCAGGGAGAGGAGGAAAGAGAUUGCCGAUUGUAACUUUGUGAGAGCCUCCGGCCCUGUUCAGAUAUGGAGCCUGAAUGCAGCUUGGAGUAUUUCUCGGAGCAGGUGGCUCAAAGGGAUGUUAGUCGGCGGCUGCAAGUGGGCCAGGAGCUGAUCGAUUACUUGGGUGACCCCAGGAAAUCUACGGACGUGGAUCAUGACCAAAAGCGGAUGCUGGACGAUAUCGUCGAUGAGCUAACGGGAUGGGUGAACUCCAGCAACUUCAAGGUUACAUUACUUGCUCUUGAUGUUAUAGCAGCACUUGUGGAUCGCAUUAAAGAUCGCUUUAAGCCCUAUUUUGGAACAGUGGUUCCAGCACUUGUAGAUCGUUUAGGUGAUACCAAAGAUCAAGUCAGAGAGCAAACACAAAAUCUUCUUAUCAGGAUAAUGGAUCAGGCUGUAUCACCCCAGUAUGCUUGGGAACGAUUAACUUCAGGAUUUAAACACAAGAACUUUCGGACACGUGAAGGAGUCUGCCUCUGCGUCAUCACUACACUAAGCACUUAUGGAGCACAGCCAUUAACAUUAAGCAAAAUAGUACCACACAUAUGCAACCUAUUUGGGGAUCCAAAUAGUCAGGUCAGAGAUACAGCUAUGAGUGCAAUGGUCGAAAUUUACCGUCAUGUUGGGGAGAAAGUACGUGCUGAUCUCAUCAAGAAGGGAGUUCCACAAGCAAGAUUGCAAACACUGUUUGGAAAGUUUGAUGAAGUGCAGAAAUCUGGGAACAUGGUUUUGUGUUUCAGCCAUGAUAAAAGCUUUGAUGAUGAGGAGUCUGUGGAUGGAAACAGACCAUCAGCCAGUUCUACAUUUAAGGUACCGGCUAAGAAAAUGGCAAGUGCAAGCAUUGGUGGGAAACGAUCAGCCUCUGCACCCGGAUCUAAAUCAGGGCCAUCAAAAGAUGGAGCAUUGGAUGAAGAUGAUUUCACGCGGGCGUUUAACGAUGUGCCUACUGUACAGAUUUUUUCCAAUAGAGAACUUGAAGAAACACUGAACAAAAUAAGAGAAAUACUGUCUGAUGAUAAGCAUGACUGGGAUCAGCGAGCCAAUGCACUCAAGAAAAUUCGAUCACUCCUGAUUGCUGGAGCUACAGAAUACGAUUGUUUUUUUCAACACUUAAGAUUAUUGGAAGGAGCUUUUAAAUUGUCUGCUCGAGAUCUCCGCUCACAAGUAGUCAGGGAAGCUUGCAUUACUGUGGCCCAUCUGUCAACACAUUUAGGCAACAAAUUUGAUCAUAGUGCUGAAGCCAUUGUGCCUACGUUGUUUAACCUCGUCCCAAACUGUGCAAAAGUUAUGGCAACAUCUGGAGUAGCAGCAAUUAGGUGCAUCAUCCGUCACACUCACGUUCCAAGGUUGAUUCCCUUAAUAACUAGCAAUUGUACUUCAAAGUCAGUGGCUGUGAGGCGACGCUGUUAUGAAUUUUUAGAUUUGUUGCUGCAGGAGUGGCAAACACAUUCCUUGGAAAGACAUGUGACUGUUCUGGUGGAGACAAUCAAGAAAGGCAUUUCGGACGCUGAUGCAGAAGCAAGACUGGAAGCUAGAAAAACUUAUUGGAGUCUUCGAAACCAUUUUCCUGCAGAAGCUGAUGCGUUGUACAAUUCGUUGGAGCCUUCCUAUCAAAAAAGUUUUCAGGCUCACCUGAAGAGUUCCACUAGUGCUGCAUCUCUUCCUCAUUCGGAUCGGUCUUCUUCCAGCUCACAAGAGAGCCUUAACCGUGCCUUUCCUGCUAAAUGGUCAGUCGCAGGUGGAAGUACAUCAAGAGUCCCAAGCAGCAAGUCUGCAGCUACCCCUGGUGGUUUGCAGCGUUCCAGAAGUGACAUAGAUGUGAAUGCUGCUGCAUCUGCAAAAUCACGCCAUGCCGCUGGACAUGCAGCAACAAGCCGUUUAACUGCAUCGAAUGUUCCAUCAGGAGCUUAUGCUUCACUUGAUGAUGCAUCUGACAAGGCAGAUGGUCGUAUCCGUAACAGGCAGUUACUCUCAGGAACUGCCACUGGUGCUGGUGAUGCUGCUGAUUCUAGAGGACGAAGUCGUACAAAAAUGGUGUCUCAGUCUCAACGUUUAACAUCAUCUGAAGAUAACAAAGGAUUACAGUCUACCAACCCAAAUAGUGCCGCCAGUCGCUCUGGUUCUCCCGGAAGAGUAUUGAGUAGUACAGCACUUUCAACAGUGAACAUUGGAACUCAGCGAGUCAUGCCCACAGGAGCUCCAGGGCAAAAACGCAGCAAAAUACCACGUAGUCAAGGAUGCAGCAGAGAAGCAAGCCCGUCUCGAUUGACUUUAGUUCGAGGCAGCCGUAUCCCUCGACCUAGUGUGAGUCAGGGCUGCAGCAGAGACACCAGCCGUGAAAGCAGCAGGGAUACCAGUCCUGUUCGAUCCUUUACUCCACUUGCCUCCAGACAUCAUUCCAGAUCAACUGGUGCUCUCUAUACCUCAGAAACAUACUCAGCUACAGCAGGGUCUGAUCGCUAUGGGUUUAAUCAGUCCAGCAGACUGUCUGCAUCAGUGAGUGCCAUGCGAGUCCUCAACACAGGAUCUGAUGUAGAGGAAGCUGUUGCAGAUGCUUUGCUCCUUGGAGACGUACGGAGUAAGAAAAAGCCAGCAAGGAGAAGGUAUGAAUCAUAUGGAAUAUAUUCUGAUGAUGAUGCCAACAGCGAUGCAUCCAGUGUCUGCUCUGAGCGUUCCUACAGUUCUCGAAAUGGCAGCAUCCCUACAUAUAUGCGACAGACUGAAGAUGUAGCUGAGGUCCUUAACCGCUGUGCAAGCACCAAUUUUUCAGAAAGGAAAGAGGGUCUUCUGGGCUUGCAAAAUUUGCUGAAAAACCAACGGACAUUGAGUCGUGUUGAAUUGAAAAGGUUGUGUGAAAUUUUCACAAGGAUGUUUGCGGAUCCUCAUAGCAAGAGAGUUUUCAGUAUGUUUUUGGAAACACUGGUCGACUUUAUUCAUGUUCAUAAGGAAGAUCUUCAAGACUGGCUGUUUGUUUUAUUAACUCAACUAUUGAAGAAAAUGGGUGCUGAUUUGCUUGGUUCUGUACAGGCAAAGGUACAGAAAGCACUUGAUAUUGCAAGAGAGUCUUUCCCAAAUGACCUGCAGUUCAGUAUUUUAAUGAGAUUCACUGUUGAUCAGACACAGACUCCAAACUUGAAGGUUAAAGUUGCCAUUUUGAAGUACAUCGAAACAUUGACUCUACAGAUGGAUCCUGCAGAUUUUGUAAAUUCCAGUGAAACCCGUCUAGCAGUAUCAAGGAUCAUCACGUGGACAACUGAGCCAAAGAGCUCUGAUGUUAGAAAGGCAGCUCAAGCAGUUUUAAUAUGCCUGUUCCAACUCAACACUCCAGAGUUCAGCAUGCUGCUUGGAGCUCUACCAAAAACAUUCCAGGAUGGAGCCACCAAACUUCUUCAAACCCAUCUUCGUAGUUUAGCCAGCACUACUCAGGGGUCUGGCAACAGUUCUAUAACACGGAGCACACCACGUUCACCUGCAGGUUGGACCAGCCCCCUCACUUCACCAACGAACACAACUCAGAAUACUCUACCACCAAGUGCAUUCAGCUAUGAUGCAGAGAACAUGAAUUCCGAAGAAAUAUACUGCUCUCUUCGGGGAAUGACUGAAGCAAUCCAGAAUUUUAGUCUCCUUAGUCAAGAAGAAAUGAAUGAACCUUUGAGACGGGAUGCUAAAAAAGAUGAGGAUGGAGAACUGGCCAUUGGUGGAGUUAGCGAUAUUCGGGGAGGCGGUGAUGCCACUGACUCAGGGCGAACUUCUCUGGAUAAUAAAACAUUACUGGUGAACACCACACCCCAACGUAGUAGCUCACGAUCACGUGAUUAUAAUCCUUAUAAUUAUUCUGAUAGCACUUCUGUCAAUAAGUCUGCCUUAAAGGAAGCCAUGUUUGAUGAUGAUGCUGAACAAUUUCCUGAUGAUUCUUCCUUGGACCAGUCUGAUUUGGUUGCCGAGCUGCUAAAGGAACUUUCUAAUCACAAUGAAAGAAUAGAAGAACGUAAAGCAGCGAUGUAUGAACUCCUGAAAUCAAUUCAGGAAGAGUCACUAGGAGUAUGGGAUGAACAUUUCAAAACUGUUUUGCUGCUGCUUCUGGAGACACUUGGAGAUAGGGAGCAUACAAUCAGAGCAUUGGCACUGCGAGUUUUAAAAGAGAUUUUAAAGCACCAGCCAGAAAGAUUCAAAAAUUAUGCAGAACUUACUAUCAUAAGGACAUUGGAAGCUCACAAAGAUCCUCAAAAAGAGGUGGUAAGAGCUGCCGAAGAAGCUGCUACAGCCCUGGCUAUAUCCAUCAACCCUGAACAGUGUAUUAAGGUGCUUUGUCCUAUUAUCCAGACUGCAGAAUGUCCAAUCAAUCUGGCAGCCAUUAAGAUGCAAACCAAGAUCAUAGAGAGAGUCCAUAAAGAGACUCUGAAUCAAUUGUUGCCUGAAAUUAUUCCUGGUCUGUUAAUGGGUUAUGACAACACAGAGAGCAGUGUUCGGAAAGCCAGUGUAUUUUGCCUUGUAGCCAUCUAUUCAGUUAUUGGUGAAGAUCUUAAACCCCACCUUGGUCAACUUACUGGUAGCAAGAUGAAAUUGUUAAACUUGUACAUUAAACGUGCACAAACUGGCUCCAGCACAAGUGGCUCAGCGUCAGAUCUCACUGGUCAAAGCUAGAAAUAGCAGCUUUUUAAAAUGAGUCUAA